AAGACUCACACAAUCAAUUAGCAGAGAUGUUAUAUAAGCUUUGGAGAGUAAGCUCACAGAUGCCUUCAAAGAAGGAUAAGGCUGCAAUGGAUCUAUUUGUGGUCCUAGUGCUCUGUCUCUCCUGUUUGCUUCUCCUUGCACUCAGAAGACAGAGCUCUGGGAGAAGGAAGCUCCCUCCUGGCCCAAUUCCUCUCCCUAUUAUUGGAAAUAUCCUACAAAUAGAUGCAAAGAACAUCAGCAAAUCUUUCAGCACUUUCUCAAAAGUCUAUGGCCCUGUGUUCACUGUAUAUUUUGGCACGAGGCCCAUCGUGGUGUUGUAUGGAUAUGAAGCAGUGAAGGAAGCCUUGAUUGACCUUGGAGAUAAAUUUUCUGGAAGAGGAAUUUUUCCAGUUUCUGAAAGAACUAAUCAAGGACUUGGAAUUAUUUUCAGUAAUGGAAAGAGAUGGAAGGAGAUCCGACGUUUCUCCCUCAUGACCCUGCGGAAUUUUGGGAUGGGAAAGAGGAGCAUUGAGGACCGUGUUCAAGAGGAAGCCCGCAACCUGGUGGAGGAGUUAAGAAAAACCAAGGGCUCAUCCUGUGAUCCCACUUUUAUCCUGAGCUGUGCUCCCUGCAAUGUGAUCUGUUCCAUCAUUUUCCAGAAUCGAUUUGAUUAUAAAGAUCAGAAUUUUCUUACCUUGAUAGAAAGAUUUAAUAAAAACUUCAAGAUUCUGAGCUCCCCGUGGAUCUAUGUCUGCAACAAUUUCCCUAUUCUCCUUGAUUAUUUCCCAGGGAUUCAUAACAAAUUAUUUAAAAAUGUUGCUCUUACAAAAAAUUAUGUUUUGGAGAAAGCAAAAGAACACCAAGAAUCACUGGCUGCUAACAACCCUCGGGACUUUAUUGAUUGCUUUCUGAUCAAAAUGGAGCAGGAGAAGCAUAACCCCCAGACAGAAUUCACUUUUGAAAACCUGGUAUGCACAGUAGCAGAUGUAUUUGUUGCUGGAACAGAGACAACAAGCACCACUCUGAGAUAUGGACUCCUGCUUCUGCUAAAGCACCCAGAGGUCACAGCCAAAAUUCAAGAAGAAAUUGACCGUGUGAUUGGCAGACACCGGAUCCCAAGCAUGCAGGACAGGAGCCUCAUGCCUUACACAGAUGCUGUCAUGCACGAAAUCCAGAGAUACAUUGAUCUUGUCCCCACCAGUCUUCCCCAUGCAGUGACCUGUGACACUAAAUUUAGAAACUACCUCAUCCCGAAGGGCACAAUGGUAUUAGCAUCCCUAUCAUCUGUGCUGCAUGAUGACAAAACAUUCUCCAACCCAGAGAUGUUUGACCCUGGCCACUUUCUGGAUAAGAGUGGCAACUUUAAGAAAAAUGAAUACUUCAUGCCCUUCUCAACAGGAAAACGGAUUUGUGUUGGAGAGGGACUGGCCCGCAUGGAACUGUUUAUAUUCCUGACUGCCAUUUUACAGAACUUUAACCUAAAAUCUCUGAUUGAUCCAAAGACACUCAAUACCGCUAAAACUGGAAAUGGGAUUUUUUCUAUACCACCCUCAUACCAAAUCUGCUUCAUUCCUGUCUGA